AAGUACUUUAACAGCUCUGCCUGGGGGGGGAUGUUUGUUUCUUGAGACAUAUAAUAUAGGCCUAGGGCCUAAAAUAUAAUAUUUUGUAACAGUUAAAAAGACAGCACAUAUGUUACAGUUUAUUUUAGUAAUUCGUACUUUUUUUUGUUAAUCUUUAUAAAGUCUAUUAAAAUGUUAAAACCUUUUUUCCACUUUUUUUGUCUACAGACUCCCGCUGUACUGUAUUUGUAAAGAAUACUUGAAACCAUUUAAGCUACUCUCAGCAUAAUGAGCCAUGUAGGAGUAACCUCAGAAGGUGACAGUGUCGGUCUGGCUUCACGUCAGGGCUUAUGGCUUGGCGUUGACCUUGGAACUACUUCGGUGAAAGCUGUCCUUCUUGAUGCAGAGGGCAAAGUUGUUGCUACUGCCUCUAAAGCUACUGACACUCAGGUUGAAAGUAGUAUAGGAAGCUCCGGCAAUGAACAGAAUUCUAGGAAAAUACUGGAGACUGUCAAUGAUGUCGUUGUGCCAUUACUCCAGCAGCAUGCUGGUCCUGUUGAAGGCAUUGGUCUCACAGGACAAAUGCAUGGUGUUGUUUUGUGGGGAGCGCGAAAAGAACUUGUUGGAGAUGAUCAGUUCCCCACUCUGGACAUGGGACGGCCGUGCAGCAAUAACUACACCUGGCAAGAUCAAAGAUGCUCUCAGGAGUUCUUAGACACCCUUCCGAGACCUAGUAGUACCCGCCAGUCUCUCUCCACGGGUCAUGGAUGUGCGACCCUCUACUGGCUUGUGAAAAAUGUACCUGGCUUCUUUGACAAGUCAAGUUUCACCAGCUGUGGUUGUAUCAUGGAUUUUUUAACAUACUGUUUGUGUGACCUUGAUGAGGGUGUCACGUCUGACCAGCUCGCUGCCAGCAUGGGAUACUAUCAUGAAACUUCACACAGCUGGGACAAAGAGCUGUAUGAGGACCCUGUAUUUCCUAGCAGCCUGUUGCCCAAGAUUGUCCCGGUGGGAACAAAAGUGGGUCUCACAAGCCCUCAUCUCGCUGGCUGGCCUCAGGAUGUACCUGUGUAUGUCUGUAUGGGGGAUGUGCAGUGUGCCACUUAUGCCCUACUGAAGGACAACCAUGACGCAGCCAUCAACAUCAGCACCUCCAUCCAGCUGGGCUUUGUGAUGUCCCCUGAGGACGUGGCCAGUCUGACGCCUUCAUGUCCACCAAGCCUAGCCUUCUUCCCGUACUUCCAGGGUCAGUUCCUUGCCUUGUGCGCUGGCCUCAACGGCGGGAACGCUCUGGGAUAUCUGGCCGAGUGUUUGGGCGCGUGGAUAGUAUCCCUGGGUUUUGCACAAGACAUUUCUACACCAGCUCUUUUGCUCAAGCUUCAAGAACUGGCAGAGAGCGACAGUGUUGAUGGUGAAGCCUCAGCUGAGGACGGCACGGACGUCUUGCAGUUCUCCCCAGCCUUCUUUGGAGAGCGCCACGACCCUUCCCUCCGGGGACACAUUGGCGGCCUGAGCGGCAGCAACUUUGCCAGUGUCGGCAAGAUUUUCCGAGCGGCGUCUGAAGGCCUUUUGAAUCACCUUCACAGUAUGAUCUCUGCCAAGUUUUUAGUGAGCCAAGGCAUUUCUCGUCUUUUGGUCUCGGGUUCGGUGCCCGUGAGGAAUUCGAUAGUGAGGCGGAGGUUGGAGGAACUGUACUCCGGGGAGUCCCUGCAGGUUGUGAUGAACCCCGAGGGUCAGGAGGCCGUGGGGAGUGCCGUGGGCGCCGCCCUGGUGGUCAUGAGAACUCAGCUGCCAACUAGUAUGUAGAAAAUGUAUUAGUCUAUUUAAAAUGGACAUGGUUAAUGAGGAAACAGAGGUAAACGUAAAGAAAAUAGAUUCCCCGUUUUUUUCUUUUUAUAUUUGAACAAUCUUUCAAAAUAGAAAACAAAGGUAAACCUUAGAAAACCUGGCAGCCCUCUAGAUAAACUGGUUUAAGGCAACCUCCACCGUAAUACAUUUUUGAGGGUCUAAGCACAGUAAUCUGCUUUCCUAUUGGAAAAUACAUAAUCUCUGUUUUUUAGUUUUGCUUCCCGUGGACUUGCCGAUACUGAAGAAAAAUUCGGAACAUUCAUGAAUGAAUUUUUGAAAAAUAAUGUGGACAAUGCUCUUAAGUCAAUUGGAGAAGACCUUUUGCUGCAGGUCUACUCUGAAUAGCUUGAGUUUAUUGAAUGUAGGAAAUUGUGUAUGAAGGAUACCAUUUGAAGGCUGGUUAGUAAGCCUAUCCCCACCAUGGAUGCUCUGUUGGCUCAGUUCAUUUCGUGCUAGACUACAGAGCAGAUGGUCCUGGUUCGAAUCCCAGAAUUGGCGUUCUUGAACUCGGAUCAUUUUGUGGAGUUUUCUGGGCUCUCAACUCAUUUGGCUCGGCCAUGUCGGAGACAGACGUUUAAUUUGGAGGUGCCACCUCUUACAUAUCCUGAUAGUAUUAAACCCAUACACUUACUUUUUACUCCCCACCAUCUUGACCCAGCGUUUAGGUUUAGUCUGGUUUUAUUUUUGGUUUUGGUUUUGGAACUUGUCAGUUACGUGAGCUAGAGAGUUAUCCAGACCAACAUAGGCAGCCGUGGACAAAUGAGGAUUGAGAAGGGUUUUUUUUCCUUUCUUU